AAUACAACGUAGCUCAGCGUCCGCCCGCGACAAAGAUGGCGGUUUCCCUGCUGGCUUUCCCCCUGUGAGAAGGGAGGGGCGGGGCGGAGAAGAAGCCAUUUGCCCGCGACAAGCAUGGCGGAAUGCGGAACACGUGGGAGCGUGGGCCAAGAUGGCGGCCGAACGGCGUGCGCAUGCGCCCUAAGUGGAUCCAAGUUUGCAGGGCCGGCGGAGAGGCCUGAACGGUCCGGGCAACCUGAAGCGUCGGCCGGGAGAGGAGAACGAGGCGAGGGGGCGCUUUCCGUCCUGCAAGAUGUCCGAAGGAACGUCAAGUGGCGAUCCUGAGAGUGCCCGGCCAACGCUUCCUGCUGCUCGAGGAUUAAUAGGGAGAAGGACUCCUGCGCCAAUCUCGGCAAGCCGCCUGCCCUCCAUCCGCUCCCGAGACCUUACUCUUGGUGGGGUCAAAAAGAAAACCUUUGCCCCUAACAUUAUUAGCAGGAAAAUCAAAGAAGAGCCCAAAGAGGACCUUUCUGUCACAAAAGAGAAGAAGGACCGGGAUCGAGAUCGGCAGAGGGAAAGCCAUGGACGAGGCAGAGGGAGGCCAGAAGUUAUUCAGUCUCACUCCAUCUUUGAGCAAGGCCCUGCAGAAAUGAUGAGGAAGAAAGGUACCUGGGAUAAGUCGGUGGAUAUGUCUGAUUUUGGCCCAUCCCACAUCAUCAACAUCAAGAAAGAGAAGAGGGAGACAGAUGAAGAGACUAAGAAGAUCUUGCGCAUGUUGGAGAAAGAUGAUUUCCUGGAUGACCCAGGCUUGAAAAAUGACAUUCGAAACAAGCCAGUUCAGCUGCCUCUUGCACAUUCUGGUUGGCUUUUCAAGGAAGAAGGGGAUGAUCAAGAGGACAGCAAGCUAUUGAACGCCGGCCACAAAGAGGAGGAGGAGCUGGAAACAGACGUAUCUUCGGUGAAAGUGAAAGAAGAACCCCAUGAUGAAGAGGAGACGCCACGUGCCCAGGCUCCAGCACCCACAAAAAUCCCUCCUCCCUUUCCUCACGAUGUCUCCCUUGCGGAACUGCUGCCCAGGUUGAGCCUUUCCAAGGAGGAAGAUUUGCUGUUCCUGCAGCUGCCAGACACGCUCCCGGGACAGCCGCCCACCCAGGACACUAAGCCGCUGAAAACAGAAGUGCAGAAUGAGGAUGGGCAGAUGAUGGUGAUAAAACAGGAGAAGACCCAGGAGGCCAAGGAAGCAGAGAAUACCUGCACUCUGGGGGACCUCUCAGAAGGGCAGGUGGGGAAGUUGCUGAUCCGCAAAUCAGGGAAAGUGCAACUUGUUCUUGGCCAAGUGACUCUUGAUGUAACCACGGGAACCCCCUGCUCAUUUCUUCAGGAGCUGGUCUCAGUCAGCAUCGGGGACAAUCGGAGUGGCGAGAUGAUCGUCUUGGGCCACGUGAAGCACAAGCUGGUUUGCGCUCCAGAUUUUGAGAGCUUGCUGGCAUACAAGCGUCGAUAGAGCUGCUGUGAAAGCUCUUUGAUGGAGUAGCUGGUUGUCCUGCCUGACAACAACGAUUUGGGCUCUCCAAAAGUGCCCGUUCCUAAGUUGAUGAAGACAGAUAUGUUUCUAGGAAGACUGUGCUAGACGAGAUUGGCAACGUUUGCGGGAAUGAGACUGACCCAACAUCUUCCGUUGGAGAUUAUCUGGCGGUCUAGAAUCUCUGAAGUUAAGGCAAAGGGUCCCGAGGACUUGCUGCGUCCUUCCUCCCAGUUCCAUGCAGGAUGUGACCUGCACCCUUGUAAUGACUUUAAUAACUUAAUUGCGCACACUAUACCUGGUGUAUAGUAUACCCAAAGAGAGAUUGGAAAGAUGUGAGCCUUGGAGCCAAGAUGGCCUGUUUGGCAGCUGUUUCCUGCAGAUGCUAGAGAAGAUGUCACCGUUCCAAACAUCUGUAGGAGAUUGUACAAUGAUGCCGUUUCUCUUUCGCCUUCCGGAUGUUAACCUACCACACACACUGCAGUAGGAGAAAAGGUGUGAGGGGUUUGGGAAGACACAUUAGACCAUCUCUUUGGCAGUGAGAUACCCCGUACGCCUCUGUUGCCCAGAACAUCGGCAGACUUCUUUUAUAAAUGUAGAAGGGAAAGAGAAACACCUCACGCUUUUAAUCUGGCUUUCCUUCCGUCCACUUGAUGCGGCCAAGCAUCGCUGUACUUGUUUGUCCUCAGUGAAAGAUUCCUGCAGUGGUAGGAGCGAUGAAAGGUGCUGGAUGAUAGUUCCUCUGUCUCUCAACAAGGGAUCAGUUUUGUCAUCAGAAAAGCUUAUUCUGAUCAUUGUAGCCAAAAUCUUUGUACCCACACUUCUGUUUGUUUGCCUGUCUGCCUGCCUGCCUGCCCCCCCUCUCUCCCCCCCCCUCUCUCUCACACACACACACUUAUUGAGGAAUUCAAUGCUCUGGCUUAAAAUGAUUUUCCUUUCACACCCUCCCUUGGACUUUGGACACGAUCGCAAGAAAGUUGUGAUUUGCUUGUCUUCGUUAUCUUGCUUUGCCAAAGAGGACAAUUAAGUGUUCAAAGAUUUUUUACAGAGCAGCAGUUAAAGUAUUUACUCUGCUCUGGGUUUUGUUCUUUACAGCAACUGGGACAUCAUAAACCUGAGAAAGCUCAUGGUAGCAUUUACUGCAAAGAUUAGUCCUCUGUUGAAGCAUUUUUUUUUUCCAACUGGGUGCCUUUAUUUGAUCCUGGCGAAGGAAAAUUUGGAGAGAGCAGCAACUUCGUGGUCAACUUGUUGGCGUUUAUUUAUCCCCUGUAUAUCUGUAAAUAAAAGUGGAGUGGAAUGAUU